AUUGUCGAAAGGAUAUAGUGUGUAUUCAUUUGGCUUCUUCGAUACAUUAAUACGGUAUAAUUAGAAUGACGUCAUCAAUGCCUGUGUGCGGAGUGUGUGAUCUCCGAAAAAUCACAAAACCACCCACGGCCUGGUGUCCUGAGUGUGAGGAAGGACUUUGUGCUGAAUGUCUAGAACAUCACAGUUUGUCGAAAGGAACUCGAAAACAUAGCACCAUACCAAUUACCGAGUACCAGAAAUUACCAACUGAUAUUCUGCAAAUAACUGAAAACUGUGACAAACAUAACGAAAGACAUACAAUUUAUUGUAAAAAGCACGAAUGUUUCUGCUGCAGUAGUUGUAUCGUAGAAGAUCACAAUACAUGCAGAGAUUUGGCCAAGUCUACUGAUAUCGUUCAAAACAUAAAAACGUCAAACGCCUUCUUUGAGAUCGAAUAUGCAUUAGGAGAACUAGCCGACAAUAUAAAAACAAUUCGACAGACCCAGCAAAAUAACCUGAAGAAGGUUUCAGAGAAAAAAGUCCAUAUUCUACAAGAAAUCAAACAAACGCGGAUUACAAUCAAUAACCAUUUAGACAAAAUACAAGAUGACACAAUAAAGAAAAUACAUGCUACUGAAAAAAAUGAAAGAAAACAAAUUGGUCAGUUGGUGGCUUCAUUAGAGGAGAAAGAGAACGAAAUAUCUAAAUGCAAGCAAAAUAUAGAAAAAGUCAAGCAACAUUCCACAGAUCUUCAAGCGUUUGUUUCUAUGAAGCUGCUAGAAAAAGAAGUUUACAACAACGAACAAUUCUUAGCAUCAAUAAAGAACAAUUUAGAAGAAAGAACGUGGUCGUAUCAAGUGAAUAACGUCAUAAAAGAUAUCACUUCUUUUGGGAAAAUUAUAAUAGAAACAAAACCGUACGAUGUUGUUCUGACACACAAGAAAAACAAACAAGCCCAAACGAUGGUGCCGCGCGUAUUGUCGAGGUCAAUUGUAAACGUUAGUCUAAAACUGCACAAAACUAUAAAUACAAUGGGGAAAGAUAUCACGGGUUGUUGCAUGUUACUAGACGGUAGAAUGGUGUUUGCAGAUAAAGAAAACAACGCUGUCAGAGUAUUAAAUAAUGACGGUUCAAAUGAUUUUCAAAUGAAAAUACCAACAAAUAUAUUCGAAGUAGCCUACAUUAGCAGAGAUAACACACUGGCUGUAACAUCAGGAUUCUCAUUCGCAAAAUGCAUAACACUGAUUGACAUACUAAACAAAACAAUCAAGAAAACAUUACCAGUUGAAUCGCAAUGUUACGGAAUAGCAGUGCAAGGUAUCAAUUUAGUUUGUUCCGCAUAUGGAGAAGGAAUACAAUUGAUCAAUCCGUACAACAACACAACGAGUGAUGUUUUCCGAAUUGAAACACCAGGGAGCUGUUACUUAGCAACAUUUGGGGACAAAUUGUACCAUACCGUAAGCACAAUAAGCUCCGUAACAUGCUACGAUCUACAAGGUUCAAUACACUGGAUCUUUGAGAAUGAAAGCAUCCUAAGGAGUCCAUAUGGCAUUUCUGUAGACAAUGAUGGUAACGUGUACGUAGUAGGGAAAGAGUCUAACAAUGUAGUAGUUAUAUCACCUGAUGGCCAACAGUAUAAGGAAAUACUUAAUGCUAGAGAUGGACUUUUAGACACACAAUCGCUUCAUUAUGAUAGAAGUACAAAUCAGUUAUUAGUUGCAAAUAAAAAGGACAAAGCAAUGCUUUUUUCUUCGAAUUAAUCCGUGGUCUAUACUUGACAAUUCAAAUGCAACCAGGUUAUCCGGUAUUCAUGUUAUAAUGAAGUUAAUUAUCGAAAUGAAAUAUUUCCUCUCAUUUUAUAACUAAAAGAUUGCAACUUAUUGUCAAAAGUGCGGUUAUAUCAGUUUAACAAUUUCAUGAUAUUUUCAGGAACAAAAAGCUUUGUCAAUCAAAUAAUGACUUUAUAUUGUUAGCCUUGUAUGUAGCUUUAUUGGUUUGAUGAUGUAUGAAACCUGGAAAUAUAUAGAUUCCACUGUUCAUGGAUUUUUUGUAUAUAUCAUGUUUGUAUAGUUUAGUUAAUUGUAUUAAACAUUGUGGAGUUAUUCUUGUAAUAAUCAGUAUUAUAUUGAGCAUAUGGAUUAAACUAUGUAAAAGGAAAAAAAAACAAGAAAACAGCCCGCAUGCAAGUGUGAUAUAAUGAAGAGAAGGGCAACUCUCCUAUGGAGUUUGAAUGUUAGAAAAUUCUGAAAAAUAAAUCACCACAAGUCGACUUGAAGGCAAUGAAUUCAAAAAUAAGUGUGUUUCAGAACGUAGAAUGGCAUUUAAUUGUUACUAUUUGGUAAAAUUACCUAUGUACAUAUGAACAAAAAUUAAAUCAAAACAAUCUAUUCUUUAUUGAGAGUCAUGUUUAAACAAUUCCAAGAUCAUUAAAAAACAAAAAUGUUUUUACAAACAAUACAAACUUGUUUGAGUUACUCCCCCUUGAUCAGAAAAGUAAAGAAUUGCCUUUAUUGAUUCUACUCUGGUGUUAAGUCUCUGUUUAACUGGAUUAUUUCAAGUUGGAGCACUUGUAUUUAUCAUAAAUGAGGUUGUGAAUUGUAUAGAAAAAAAUAUGUAAAAAAGUUAUGAAUUAGAAUAUCAUCAUAUCAAAUGCAAAUAAAAGUUCAUUACAACUACUUUUACUGUCAUUGAUAAAUAUAUAUAUAACAAUGUAAUUUUAACACACUUUUUAGUAUGUAAAUAUUAAAAUGUUAAAAAAUAUUUACAAUGCGAUU